UAACCUUUACAUGUCAAUAAUUUUAAUAUAUAAAUUGGGAUUUUAUUUCCAUUUCACAUCCUGGAAUUACUAAAGUUGUAAGAAUGAAUGCAUGGAGCCUAAAUAGUGCAAAAAGUAUGGAUACUAUCGAUUUUUACAAAGUUUAAACGACGUUAACUGGCAAAACAUAAGCUAUAAACACCCAAUAAAAAAUGGCCGAUAACACCACUUCUGACAUAGAAGAGAGCUCUUUUGCACCACCAGAAUUGGAACAACAAAUUGCUGAAAUACAAGCAAAUAGUAUGUUAAGCAACGGUCCUGUUCAUGAUUUGGAUGAGCAUCAGAAAAUAUGGCUGGUCAUUGGUAUAUGUCUACACAAUAUUAUCACGCCUAUUUUAAGGAAGUAUGUUGAAUCCGUCAUGACGUCACUUUACACCUCACUGGUCAAAUUAGACCAGAUCAAUACACAGACCUAUCCACGACAUCUUAGGGGUCAUCCUCGCCAAGGAGUUCAUAUCUAUUAUCUGAACUACGACUGCAUUAAUAACAAUAAAGCGCUCGGUCGACAAAACCAUUUGUAUGACUACAAAGUUCAGAAUGCUAUAGAUUUAUCGAAAUUAUUUUUGCUUUCAAAUAUGACACAGUAUAAUGGUUUUGACGAUACAUGCGAUGCCUCAGUGUUACUUGGAAUUGUCAAAAAUGUAGACGGAUUUCAUUCUGGAGUCAAGGCUACUGCAGCAAGGAUAAGAUCUGAAAUCAGAAAUCCCUGGGCACAUUGUGAUUUUACACAAUGGAAUGCUACGAGAUAUUCACUGUCAUUCAAGUUGAUGGAAAACCUAAUUACAAAUUUGGGCCUGAGUUCUUCCGACGAAAAGCAGACGUUGGACCAACUUAUCAUAUGGAAAACAAAUGGAGUAAGCUUUUUGUCAGGAACAACUCUCGGUUUGGAACAUGUCAAAGACAUUCAUGAACAAACAUGUGUUCUAGCUAAACAUGCACAAGUAUUGUCAGUGCAGUGUAAAGAAAUCGAUAUGCAUUGUCAUGAAAUUGAUAUGCAAAUUGUUGAUGUAAACAAUACUCUAGAUGAAUGGGAAAACGUACUCCAGGUGUUAACCCACAUGAAGACCAAAUUUGAAGACAAAAUCAACAUCUUGGAAAAACAUGUUUUUGAAAUGAAUUCUCAAAUAGAACAACAAAAUAAAAGAAUGAAAGAAAUUGAAAAAAACAUGGAACAUUGCAUGGACUUCUCUCGUGAAGUACAGGCAUUCUCAUUAGCAAUGCAAGCUCAAUUGUUGGAGAUUGGUGAUAGAAAGGUUUCUUUGUUAACAGAACAGAAAGAAUGUAUUCCUGAGAAUAUAAGAGCUCAACAUGACCAAUACCUCAAGGAGUGGAUAAAGGACGAUGCAUUAUUUGUAAAUACCAGGGCAGCUAGAUAUACGCUAUCAUCUCUGCAAUCCAAUAAUUGUCUUCUUGUAACUGGUAGCUCAGGGACAGGAAAAUCAUUCAUUGUUCACCAUAUUGCGUUACAUCUGUUUCAAAAGGACGGAUAUGAAAUAAUACCGUUUGUAACCGGACCAUCAGACAUAAUACACUAUUAUGAUCCUAAAAGGAAACAGGUAUUUGUUGUUGACGAUAUAUGUGGUAAAGAAUCUAUAAACAUACAGAUGAUUGAGCUUUGGAAAUCUUACUAUUCAAAUUUAGAAAAAAUAUUUUUACCAAGUAGUAAAAACUCACGAAGCAAAGGUGUAUUUCAAGGUACAAAAUUGUUAAUUUCGUGCAGACUUCUUAUCGCUAAGGAUAAACAAUUUCGAAACAUCGAGCUGUUCACAAGAAAUGAAUGUAACUUGCUAUCGUCUAAUAUGUGUCUCUUGCCACAGGAAAGAUUGCAAAUGAUACAGCAAUAUCUCCCGGAAGAAAUGAUCCAUUACGUCAAAAGUAUGUUGGAAAAUUAUGAUUUCUUUCCUCUUCUGUGUUGUCUUUCUAAAAACAAGACGUCUGAGGAACUUGUUAAGCUAUUUUCAUCUCCGAUCGAAAUUAUCAAAAGUGAUGUAAAUAACAUACAUUUGCAAAAUAAAUUCCAGUUCUGCGCAUUGGUUCUAUGUGUAUUGUUCAGGGAAGGUUUUAGCGAAAAGUGGGUACAAUCAAAAUCGAUGCCCGAAGAAAAUAAAUUUAAGAUCUAUGAAAUAAUAAAACAACUGAGUAUAGACUUAACUAUUGAAUCGUCAAGGAAGUCUUUAGUUGAAGGGUUUACAAUCUUGGAAGGUACAUAUUUGAAAAAAAGAGGUACAAGCUAUAGAAUUAUUCAUGAUAAAGUAUACACUUUUAUAUCAGUAAUUUGUGGUAAGCAUUUGACAAGUUGUUUCUUGAGAUAUGCUCCUAGCUCAUUUGUGCGUGAUUAUUUCCUAUUUACAUGUUGUCAUACAAAGCAUACAGACAUUUUCAUCUUACUCGAUGAAGACAUGGAGGGAGAAUAUUUUAACAGACUGUAUGAUGAUUUAAAGAAUAGAAAUUUGGACAGUACAUUUCAUAACAAACUUUUGAAAUAUACAUCAUUCAGAAAUAAGUUAUUAGAAUAUUUGAGGCAAAAUGAAGAAGCAAUGGGUUUGUUGAAAGAUAUGAAUAGAAACGGUUUUGAAGUAGCCAAAGCAAGCCUAAUUAAAUAUAAUUAUUUUCGGAAUUUUACAAACCCGAUGAUAGAAGCAGCAGCAAAAGGUUUCCCAGAUAUAUUAAAAUUCUUAAUAGAUAUAGAAUUUGGUGAGGACUAUAUAGACACAAGUAUAUACAUUUUAUAUGCAGCAUGUCGCGCAGGGAAUGUUAACAUUGUCAAACUUUUAUUAAAUGACAACACUGAUAUACGGUUUGCAUGUACAAGUGUUAUCGCAUUGGAUCCGACGGUUGGCCUCCCACUGCUGCUUGUGUCUUGUAUAGAAGGUCACACGACUGUAGUUAAACUUUUACUCGAUGGCAUAGCUGAUCUUAUUCAGUGUAUUCAAAGAGGCGAGGAGUCCCGUGUACACAGUGCUAAUGAAGUUGGAUAUACAGACCUAGAUAAUUUAUUCUACAUGUCUCAAGGUAUUGAUUUACCCGAGUUUUGCAUGCAUGGAAAAUCGCCAAUAUAUAUGGCAUGUUAUAAAGGACAUUUUGACAUAGUGAAAGUACUACUUGAUAAUGAUGCUCAUACUUCAAUUCUGUGUGACAGGUUAUUGUUUGCGAAGGCUUGCAAGGACGGAUAUGCAAAGAUACUGAAACUUUUAAUAAAGAAUUAUAAACCAACUAUUAAUCUCGAUGGAAAUACACUUUUGGUAGAAGCUUGCAUGAGAGGGCAUACUGAAAUAGUGGAAGUUUUAUUAGACAAUUACACUGAUGAAUUUCAAUAUGAAUUUAAUCGUAGACUACCGUUACUCAUAGCUUGUCAGAAAGGACACUCAGACAUAGUUAGAUUGCUAUUGAGGUACAGUGGUUAUGGUUCUCGAUGUCAUUCAGAUGGACGUGCAGCACGUGCACUGCUAAUUGCCAGCGAAAUGGAAUACGAAGAUAUAGAGAAAAUGGUAUCUGAAUAUAACUCGCAUGCAAAAUUAUAUGGAUAUUCAAAUUUAUGUAUUGCCGGUUAUAUAGAAGAAGAAAACAAGUUAUCAUUCAAAAUCAAAAUUGGCUUUUACAGCAAGUAUGCAAAAUUACUAUUACAAAUGGCAUGUUAUCUUGGACAUCUAGGAACAGUAAGAGUCUUACUUGAGAACAGUUUUAACGUAAAUCAAUGUAACAGUUAUGGGGUAUCAUCUUUGUACGCUGCAUGCGUGAAAGGACAUACGAAUAUAGUUUAUCUAUUAUUGGAAGAAAAUGCUGAUGUUUUCAGAUGUGAUAAAUUUGGAAAAUCCCCACUAUUUGUAGCCUGUGAGAACGGACAUGUUGAUACUGUAAAACUGUUACUUGAACAUAAUGCUGAACUUUCUCCAUGUGGGAAGAGUAAAAAGUCGCCAUUUUUUGUGGCUUGUGAAAAAGGACAUGCAGAUAUUGUCCAUAUUCUAAUGACAACCAACAGAAACAUCCAUCAGAGUGACAGAUUUGGGCGAUCGCCAUUGUAUAUUGCAUGUAAAGAGGGACAUGCUAAAAUAGUGAAUAUCUUAUUAUCAAACAAUUCAAUUCUUUCUUUCCAUAAUAGGUACGGAAAAUCCCCAAUGUGCGUUGCUUGUGAAAAUGGACAUUUGCAUAUAGUAAACCUUUUGCUGAAAAAAAAUAUUGAUUUCUCUCAUUGUGUUUCUGGGGAGUUCUCAUUAAUAAUAACAGCUCUUGGAAGAGGGCACGUAGAUAUAGCAAACAUGUUGGUGCAGAAUAAAGAAGGUCAAUGUCAGUGUGAUUGGUUUAAUCGAACGCAAUGUCUUGCUGUUUGUGAAAAGCAAAAUAUAAAAAUUUUGAAAUUAUUGGAAGAGUUCAGCAGGAAAAAUUCAAUGCUAUGUGCUGAUGAUACUGAUGUAGAAGAAAUAUAUUUAUACACACAUCCAGAUGGACCACAUAAUUUAUUGCGUGUCUGUAUACCUCGUCAGCGUUUAUAUACCGAUAUAGUCAAUCUCUUUAUCGAAAUUAAAACGAAAACUUGAACAACAAUCAAAGUAAUAAAAAAUAAAUGCUUAUUAAAACAAAACUAUAAAUGAAAAAUAACUGAAAUCUUAUAUUAUCGUACGUUUCUUCAUCUCCAUCACCUUACUCAGUCGUUCAAUAAAUCACGUUUCAUAGAUUGGAACAGAACAUAUAAGCGAGGACAAAAUACGAAAGUAGAACAUAUCAAACGUACUUCGGGUAGUACAACCAUGAGUUAAAAUUUAAAAACAAUAAUUAGUACAAUAAAUACAUAACAAGACAAUGUUAUCUUUUAUUUUUUCUUGAAGACGGUAGGUUAUAUAUAGCUUCUACUACUGCGUCCAUUGGGAUACGAUAUUAAUCCACUCGAGACAGUAAAAUUUCAAAAUUAAAAUCGCGAGUCUCGGCGAUCGUUUUUAAAAUUUAAAACUUAACUGUCGGGAGUGGAAAAAUAUCGUAUUGCACGAGAUUCGAAUUCGGUGCAUUUAUCUGUUUCUCUAAUAAUUUUUAGACAAUAUACAGACAAUCUCUAUCUAUCUUUUCGAAUCAUCUGUAAAAAGAUGUGUUCUUUUCAUGUGACGUCAUCAGGCAUGGUCGCAUUUUUUCGUGACGUCACAAUAGGAAAUUCAGAGGAAAGUAAGAAAAUUUGACGUCAUAAGUUGAUUAGCUAAAAAUGAUCAACAGCUUAGGAAAGGGAUAAAUCAGUUAAGAACUAGAGAAAUGUUAUCAUAUAUGAAUGAUACCGAUAUGAUAAUUAUUGUAAUAUAAUUUUGUGUACAGCCUCAUUGAGGUUAUCCUCUUUUAAUAAAGAUUAU